UUUAAAGAUCUGCUUUUGACACGCGGACGUGGUGAUCGAAGUCGAAAGAAGAUCGAAGAUGUCGUUGUUGUAGUUUGUUUUUUGACAGAAUGCCGACUUCAUUCCGGUUCUGAAUUUCAUGAAAAUUCAUAUAUAUCGCAUUUUAAUACAUGUCCUAAAUUUGGCAUGUGACGUGUGAAGGCAUAAGGCCAGAGGGCCCAUGUUGACAUCGUCAAACUGAACAGCAUGGAACUUCCUGUUGUGUGGGCGUGGCUUAACAGUAAACGUGCUGUGCGUUGUCGUAGACUAAUGUCGUAACUAUCAGACCUGAAACGGUGUUUGGACAGUCGUCAACACAGAAUGGACGGAAAGAACCAGAAAGAGAGAACAUUUUUCAGCAUAAUAACAUCGUAUUUUCAUUCAGUAUUUUCAUUUAUUGCAUCAUUCCUUAUCCGGCCAGUUGUGGAAUUGACUGUACGAGGGAUUGACUUGAAGGACAACCCCCUCAAGGGCAAGCCAAGAUGUCCAGUCUUGUCUGAUAAGAAGAAGAGGGAGGUGGAACAAGCAGUGUGCAGUUUUGUAACUUAUGAUGCUGAGAAUGCUGACAGCGUGGUCAACUUUAACCCAAUCAAGCAGAACACCGAGUGCAUAUUUGCCAAGAAAGCGAGAGUGUGGGGUUCUACAAGCUGGAACACUGCUCUCAGUAUAGAGGAGAAUGUUUACAGAUCACUUCCCACACUACUGAAGUUCAGCAUGGUCUGUGAAGACCUUGGGUUGGACAUGUUUCUGAUAGAACUUCCAGGAGAGGAGUAUGGCAAGGAUGUGAAUAUAUUUGGAGACGCCGUGAGGCGUGUGCUCAAACAGAUAUCCGACCACGACCCAACAGGGUGGCGGUGUAUGGACAAGUCCUACAUCGGACGAAAGGGAUGGGUCUUUGAAUUCAAUAAAAUAACUUUCUUCAUCACCACAUUCGCACCUUGCUACCCGGCCGAUAAUUCCCGAUACGGAUUCGAGUGUGAUAACUGUUAUAUCGCCCUCCAGCCAGAGAUUUCAUUCGCUCAACACGACUUGCCACCCGACACCCCUUCAACUGAAUGGGAAUGUCCCGUAACCGUGCGAGACAAGAUUCGGGUUGGAUUCAGGAAUUCUGGGAGAGAAUACCAUAUAAGAGACACCAUAUAUUAUCCAAUGGCCGAAGACGUGGUAAAACCCUUGGGAAGAGACGACCCGAUUGUGGAAUGGUGGAAGAAAAAAGACAAGUUGGCAGAGAAAAGAUUAAAAUAGACAUAUAUGUUUUAUGUUAAAAAAUAUGUCCACCGAAUAUUUAACAACUUGACAGUAAAACAUUCCUCUGCCUCGGACUAUUACAAAUUUUCUCAAAUGGACAGCUGAUCAAACCAAACGUCCUCGGGUGUAGGGGAAAGUGAGUGUGUUUGGUGGGAGGUCAGACUCAAAAUUGUGUUGCCAAUUGCGUCUCGGCUGCGAGUUUUGGGACAUUUGUUUUGUCUAGUGCUGCUCAGUCGAGAUUAAUGUGAAGUUUGUCUUGUCUAAAUCGUCCCGGACUCGAUCGUGUGUGUAUUUCGUGACUGGCUCGGCUCGGCCAUCGAGAAGACGUUCGUUUUGUCCAGCUUGCCUCGUCAAGAACUCUAUCAUCGGGAGGGUUGUGAUGUCUGACAGGCCACUGUUGAUACGUCGUUUGUUUUGUCAACUUCAACUAGACGCUACCAUAAAUGGUUCAUGAGGAUAAGGUAUUAUGACGUCUAGCUGACGGCGAUCGAGAGGAUCGUUCUGUCUACUUCAUGGAGGUGACGUGAGGGCCAGCAGACCUUGCUCCACUUGGCCACGCUAUCAUGGAGCGACUUCUGACCGCAAGCCGUAGUUGAGAGGAGGUUCGGUUUGGUCACCCCUGUAAUCUGUGAUAUGUUUUAUACACUAUUGUCUAUGAGAGAUUCAUUAAACAAAUAUUUUGUCAUCUA